CGCAACAUGGCGGGCGCACACGUAGCGUUAAUAGUAUUAGUGUACGCGGCUCUCGUACACACAGAAGUAUUGACUCCGAGGUAUUUCAACUUAGCGUCGAAAAAGAAGAUUACGGCCACGGCUACCUGCGGAGAUGAAGGACCAGAGCUAUACUGUAAAUUGGUCGGCGCAAACGCAGACCACGACGAGCAUGUCAUUCAAGGACAGGUGUGUGACAUCUGUGAUGCCACGAACGAAGCGAAGAAGCAUCCUCCGGAGUAUGCCGUGGACAGCUCGGAGACGUGGUGGCAGAGUCCCCCUCUCUCCAGAGGCAUGAAGUACAAUGAAGUCAACCUCACCAUCGAUCUUGGACAGGAAUUCCACGUAGCAUACGUGUUCGUGAAAAUGGGCAACUCACCGAGACCUGGACUCUGGAUGCUGGAGAAGUCCACGGAUUACGGGAAAACAUUCAAACCUUGGCAGUAUUUCUCCGAAUCGCCUCAGGAUUGUGAGCGUUAUUUCGGCAAGGAGAGUCUUCAACCCAUCACCAAAGAUGACUCGGUUAUUUGCAGCACAGAGUAUUCCAAAAUUGUACCUCUUGAGGGUGGAGAGAUCCCGAUAUCGUUACUGAACUACCGUCCAUCAGCGAACACAUACUUCAACUCGUCAGUGCUGCAGGAGUGGACCAGGGCCACCAAUGUUCGGCUGCGUCUGCUGAGGACUAAGAACCUGCUCGGACACCUCAUGUCAGUGGCGAGGCAAGAUCCCACCGUAACACGAAGAUACUUCUACAGUAUCAAAGACAUCAGUAUCGGAGGUCGUUGCAUGUGCAACGGUCAUGCGGACACGUGCGAGCCGGCCGACCCGGCCACCAACAGCAACAUUCUGGAGUGUGUGUGUCAACACAAUACGUGCGGCCCUCAGUGCGCCGAGUGCUGUCGAGGCUUCGAGCAGAAAAAGUGGAGGAUCUCACAGCACUGGGACAGGUUUACUUGUGAACCGUGCAACUGCCACAACCACUCAACGGAAUGCGAGUACGACCCUGAAGUGGAUAGACAGAAGCUGUCCUUGGACAUCUACGGCAAGUACGAAGGCGGUGGCGUCUGCAAGAACUGUCAGCAUAAUACGCAAGGCAUCAACUGCAACCAGUGCAUGCCUACAUUCUAUAGGCCACAAGGAAAGAGUUGGAAUGAAACUGAUGUCUGCCAGCCCUGCAACUGUGACUUACACUUCUCAACCGGUAAUUGUGAGGACUUGUCCGGCUGGUGCGAGUGUCGUGUAGAGUUCAAGCCCCCUAACUGCGACUCCUGUGCUUACGGGUACUUCGACUUCCCUAACUGCAAGCCUUGUACGUGCAACCUCAACGGCACUGACGGUCAGCAGUGCACGCCUGUUGAUGGACUGUGCCCAUGCAAAUACAACUAUGCUGGGAAAUCGUGCGAGAUUUGUGCUGACGGAUAUUAUUCACCGGAAUGCAAAAAUUGCGAGUGUAACUCAGUGGGCUCGGUGUCACCUGUGUGUGACAAGGUUAGUGGCAACUGCACUUGCAAGAGCAAAUACAGUGGAAGGACUUGCGACAUGUGUGAAUUUGGAUAUUACAACUACCCGACUUGCAAACAAUGCAACUGUGAUGUAAGCGGAACACAGGCUCGUAUCUGUGAUGACACUAUCGGCACGUGCAUCUGUAAGACUGGCUUCGGAGGUGCGCGGUGUGAUCAGUGCUUGAAUGGCUUCUACAUGGAAGUCCGCGACCGCGAGCGUCUCUGCGUGCCUUGCAAUUGCGACUCCACCGGGUCCACCUCGACCAGUUGUUCAGCCGACGGAAAGUGCAACUGCCUCGCUAACUUUGGUGGGAAGCAGUGCGAUCAGUGCUCCCCAGGGUAUUAUAAGUACCCUGAGUGUUUGCCAUGCAACUGUGACGUGUCUGGUUCCAUCGGGUCGACGUGCGAUGAUAACGGACAAUGCCACUGCAAGCCGAACUUCGAUGGCGCCAAGUGUGACAAGUGUAAAGAACAGUAUUACAACUACCCCGCCUGUGAGGAGUGCAACUGUGACCCUAGAGGAGUCAUUGCUAGCUUUGCUGGUUGUGGCUCAGUCCCUGCUGGUGAACUAUGCCAGUGCAAAGAUCGAGUGCAAGGGCGUAUCUGUAAUGACUGCAAGCCUCUCUUCUGGAACCUGCAAGAGUACAAUCCAUUUGGUUGUGAAGAUUGUAACUGCCACUUGGCUGGUACUCUGGGAGGGCUGGGGUCCUGCAACACUCGAUCUGGACAAUGUAGGUGUAAAAUGAACGUGGGAGACCGCCAGUGCAACCAAUGUCAAGAUGGCUUCUACAAACUUGAUACGAACAACGUUUAUGGAUGUACUGAAUGUGACUGCGACAUCGGAGGUUCAAUCGACAACAUCUGUGACAAGAACACCGGUCAGUGCCGCUGUCACUCCAGGGUCGAAGGUCGCCGCUGUGACAGACCCAUCCGUGCCCAUUACUUCCCAACGCUCCACCAGUUCCAAUAUGAAGUAGAAGAAGGAUACACGCAGUCUGGACCAGUGAGAUACAGAAACUCUGAUGAAGUCUUCCCUAAUUACUCUUGGAAGGGUUACGUCGUGUUCUCUAUGCUCCAGAACGAGGUGACGAAUAGAGUACUGAUUCCCAAAUCGUCUUUGUAUCGCAUGGUGCUGAAAUACGCAAACCCUCUGCAAGACACUGUUAUUGCGAGCAUUAUCGUCACCCCGGACAGCAUCGGCGAUAUUCAGCAGAAGUUCAACGUAGCAUUGCGGCCAACAAACAAACCGCAACUGGUGACUGUAGCUGGUGAUAAGGGCAUCGCUCCAUCACCCUUCGUCAUGAACCCUGGUAGCUGGAUGAUCACCAUCAAGACCACUAAAGAAGUCAUGAUUGAUUACUUCGUGCUGAUUCCCGAAGCGUACUACGAAGCGACGGUUCUAACGAAGUUGGUGGACAAGCCUUGUGUGAUUGGCGACAAGAAGCUUUGCAGGCACUUCGCCUAUCCGAGCCUGUUUGGCAGACCCACCGCUGACGUCAGCGGCCUCAGCACCUCUGUUACCGGUUACAUCGACGAUGUUGAACAACUUAACGAGCUACAAGCGUCAGCGGAAUCAAUCCCAAUCUUAAGCAAUGACGAGAUCCAGUACAACAUGAAGAUAGACCCUCCUGGGCCUUACAUUCUCAUCAUCGAAUACGUGACUCCUAUCAACCGUACAGCCGAAAGUGUUAACGAGAUAGAAGUAGCCUACAAUACCAGCUAUUCCUUCGCACCGCGAGGACCGAUCACUGUUAGAUUCCAGUCCGGAGACCAGCAGGAGACUGAUGCGAUUGUGAACCUCAAUGAUUGUCCGUACACGGCGGCUUGCCGACAGGCUGUUGUAGAUGAUCUGUCUAAGAUACAGGUGUUCAAUAUUCAAGAGGCAAACAAUGUCAUUUAUUUGAUGGGCGACCGCGAUACUUUAGUAGGCAUUAAAUCUAUUGUGGCGAUCCCAGAGACUGAAUGGCAUUUAGACUACAUAACUCCUCGACCAUACUGUUUGAGACGCAACGGAAAAUGCGAACCAGCCAACUUUGCUGCUUCUGUCGACUCUAAGAAGAUUGAAAUCGAAUCCGGCACGGGUGGUGACCGAGACAUUCGGCCCCCGAGCCUCGACAACGCGACGGCAGUAAUAUACUUGAUACCUGAUGCUGAACCCGUGAGGAUCGAGUCCAAGAUACCAGCGGCUGGAGACUACAUGUUCAUGGUGCAUUACUAUCAGCCCGUGCAUCCCGAAAGUACAAUCAACGUAGCGGUAAAGACUGACACCCAGCAGUUUGACACGAACAUGGUUGUCCAGCACUGUCCGUCCAGCACCGGCUGUCGGUCACUUCUCAAGCUGCCCGACGGGACCAAACACUUCCCCGUAGCUGAUAACUUCACCAUUACAUUCUGGGGCAACAACAGCAAGGGUCUAUGGAUCGAUUACGUGCUCGUGGUCGCGGCACCAGACUUCGUGGACUCUGCUCUCACUGAAGCAAACGUGGUGGAUUACACGAGGGAGUUCAUCGAGAAGUGUGCCAAUAACCACUACCAUAUCGGUUCCAAUGAGACUGGUUUCUGUCGUGACGCGAUGUUCUCCAUCACGGCGGAGUACAACAGCGGUGCCCUGGCUUGUGUGUGUGACUUCAUGGGCUCCACCGAGCUGGAGUGCAACACCUUCGGAGGCCAGUGCCCUUGCAAGCCCAACGUCAUCGGCAGGUCCUGUAGUGCCUGCCGCACUGGAUACUACGGCUUCCCUAACUGCAGGCCCUGCCAUUGUCCUUCAACGGCCAUCUGUGAUGAUAAUGGUAUGUGCAUCUGCCCAAAGAACGUGGAAGGCGAGAACUGUGACCGCUGCAAGCCUUUCACCUUCAACUUCGACGUGCAGCGUGGUUGUGACGACUGCAACUGCAACCCGCUUGGAGUUGUCGACAACCGACUGCAAUGUGAAGCUGACAGCGGAAACUGCGCUUGUCGCGAGAACGUCAUAGGCCGUACAUGCGACCACUGUGUUCCCGGACACUACGCGUUCCCGGAGUGCGUCCCGUGCACGUGCGACAGAGACGGCACUACCGAUGACGUGUGCGACCAAAGCACUGCACAGUGUUACUGCAAGCGAUAUGUUACUGGACAGGCUUGCGACACAUGCGUGGAAGAGUAUUUCAACCUGCAGUCUUCGAACCCCGAGGGAUGCACCAAAUGUUACUGCUUCGGAAGAACCACUCGUUGUACCAGCUCCUACUUAUAUUGGGCUAGCAUCAGCGGCAUGGGCGACUGGUACCUGGUGAACGUUGAGGCAAACAGGACUCUGAACAUCUUCCCUCGCACCCUGCCCCCGGUGAUGAGGAACGACUCCACCAUCACCGCUGAUCUCGUCGGUGAUGACAGCGGACAGAAGGUCGUGUACUUCGGAGCCCCGGAUUAUUAUCUUGGUAAACGGCUGACAUCUUACGGCGGUUACCUCACGUACUCGAUAUUCUACGAGACCGGUCCCGACGGCGGAGCUAUCGCGGCUGCUGACGUCAUAAUCGGCGGUUCUGAUGGUUACUUAGUGCACAACAGCGUGGAACAACCACCUUCGAAGGUAGAAUGGACACACGCGGUCAGACUGUCCGAGGACGAGUUCAGUAACUCAGACGGCUCACCAGUCUCCAGAGAACAGUUCAUGAAUACACUCGUCAAUGUUACCAGCAUUUACAUCCGGGCUACUUACUGGGACCAGUCUGUUGAAACUAGCCUAAUAGCCGUAACUCUGGACAUCGGAGUGGAAGGCUACGGGGAGUACAUUGACGCUAAACGUGCGUCUUCUGUCGAAGAGUGCCAAUGUCCCAAGGCUUACCGCGGCCUCUCGUGCGAGCAGUGUGCUGAGGGUUACUACCGGCUCAGCUCCGGCUUCUGUGUGCCAUGCCAGUGCAACGGACAUUCCAGAGAGUGCGAUGUUAACACUGGAGUCUGUUUGGAGUGCACAGACAACACGAUGGGUGACCACUGCGAGCAAUGUAUUCCUGGUUACCAUGGCGACGCUCUGCAAGGAACUCCACGGGACUGUCUCAUCUGUGCUUGCCCCAUGCCCUACGUGUCUAACAACUUCGCCAUCGGCUGUGAUCUAAGUGACAACGGUUCUCUGAUCUCGUGUCAGUGCAAGCCUGGGUACGGGGGUGCGAGGUGCGAGUUCUGUGCCGCUGGUUACUAUGGCGAACCUGAAGUUAUCGGUGAUUACUGCAAGCCUUGCAACUGCUCUGGGAACAUUAACAUCAAUGACCCGGGAUCAUGCGACAGCCACAAUGGCGACUGUCUGAAGUGCGUGAACAACACUGCUGGCCACGCCUGCAACCUCUGCGCUCCUGGCUUCUACGGAGACGCCAUCUUCUCCAAGAACUGUACCGCAUGUAGCUGCGAUGAAUUCGGUAUGGAACGUUGCGAUCCCGCGACCGGCACCUGCGUGUGUCGACCAGGAGUCAUCGGCGACCGAUGCGACCAGUGUGCUCCUAACCACUGGGGCCUGAACAGCGGCCAGGGUUGUACUCCGUGCGACUGUGACCUCGCCUCCGAGUCAUCUCAGUGCGACCUCAGUACCGGCCAGUGCAGCUGUGCCAAGGGUGUGACUGGCAAACAUUGUGAGCAGUGUGCUGCUGGAUACUGGAACUACACCAAGGAAGGAUGUGAUCAUUGCAACUGUAACACUGGUUACUCACUGGGCUUCACCUGCAACGCGACCGGUCAGUGCGAGUGCUUGCCCGGCGUCGUCGGAGAGAAAUGCGAUAGAUGCCCGGAAAGAUGGGUGCUAAUACCCAAUGAAGGAUGUCUGGAAUGCGACUCAUGUACUGAUGCCCUUCUCAUCACCAUCGAGAACAUGAGCGAGCGACUCGCUAACGAAACUAAAGACUUUAAGGACAAAGCGGACUCGUUCUUCACAACGCAGCGUCUGAACUACAUCGCGAACCAGACACAGUCGCUGCGGCCGAAGGUGGCUGAUCUGAAGAACGUUGACGUUGCUGACGUCACAACCGCCGUCAAGACUUUAGAGAACAGCGCUAAGAACCUGCUACGAUCCGCCGAAUUCGCAGCGACAGACUCGGACAAACAGAUCACUAGGGCAGCCGAUUUAGCCGCCGACGCCGACAAGAUCUUGGCUUCAGUUCGCGACAGCAGCGAGAAGGCCAAGGCUAUCGUCACACAUGUCGCUGACUUGGCUACCGGGCUAGAACUGAGCCAGCAGCCUAAAGUUGAUAGUGCUCUGGCUGAAGCGAGGCAGAUUAAGUCUGAUAUUGCUGCUAAGGACUUGGCGCCGAAGAAACAGCAAGCCGACAUCGCCUUCAGUAAUGCUACCAAACAGAUCGAGCGCAUGAAUGUUUUCGUACAACCGGUCAAUGAGCAGGCUAAGAAAUUCCACCUUCUGGUGAACGACACCCGUGAUCUCAAGACUAAGCUGGAUGAGAUGCUGCAGUACACAGACUUAGCUCAGCACACCGCCACCACUGCUGAAAACCUUAACGCUAAGAACAGGCAAUCCAAAUUCGGCAACAAGGUAGCUUCCGUAACAAAGCUGAACGCAGCAGCUAUGCAGGAUCUCAUCGACGCUGGCUAUGACAUCGGCAAUGGAACAUUCUACAAUCUUGUAGCCGCCACAGUCGUAGACAACUCUACCAAAGCUCUGGACAGCAUCAGAACAGCCAACCAGGACAUGAUAGACCGUUUGGAAGACCUUGAGGUUAAGCUGCCGGACCUGAGGAAUCUGACUGAAGUGGCUAACCACCAUACUUAUAUGUUGAGGAAUAGGGCGGAUAAUUUAAGAGCUCUAGCUGAGAGAGAGAACAACAAUUCUCGUACUCAACACGCUUACACCGCAGCGUCAGCUUACUCGUCCAUAGUUCAAGAGAUUGGAGACGCGAAGAAGGCUGCCGAUGACGCCGACGAGGGUGUCAGGAACAUCACUGAACUGACAAACACACUGAACGACCGAGUAGUCCCAGCACGUGACAGAUCCAGGAAUCUUCUAGAAGCUGCCACAAAGGCCCAGAACAUAGUAGAACAGGCUCUCAGUCCUAAUUUAACAAAGGCCGAAGAAAAACUAGCGCAUGCUAAGAAAACGAUGGGAUCUGCGGAUGACGAUAAUAAUGCUAUUCAAUUCUCCCUCCGAACACCGCCACCGUUCUCCCUGGACAGCGAGGUGGAUGCAGCUGACAGAGUGAACAGCACGGUGCAGUCGACCCUGGACGUGAUGUCUCAGGUCGGCACUGACCUGGCUGCCAGCAAGGAGUGGGCGCAGACCCUGCCCAAGCUGGCUGAUGAGGCACAGAAGAUGACUGACACCGUCGAUAGCCUCGUGAAGGACAUUGACAAGCUGAACCCGACAAUCACUCAAACCUACCACACGGUGAAGGCCAGACAGGAUGACCUGGAGAACCGACGUCAGGAGGCCGAUGAGAAACUGCUCAAACUCAAAGAGCUCAUCGAACAGGCCCGUACAGUAGCAAACCGUAUCCAAGUUGGCGUAACCUUCGACCGGCUGACGACUCUGCAGCCACGCUUACCGGACUCUGUGGAUGAGAUGUCCACCUCCACGCACGUCUCCGUCUACUUCAAGACCAAGGAGAAGAACGGCCUCAUCCUCUACCUCGGCAAUCCUAAGGACACCAUGCUCAGAAGGACCAGAUCGGAUGACUUCAUGGUGAUUGGCGUGGAGAACGGCUACCCGUACCUGAAGAUGGACAUCGGAGACAGUGCGGAGUCAGGUCGCGAGCCUGCCAGGAUCGGCAGCGACAAGUUUGUGGCCGACAACCGCUGGUACCAGGUCAUCGUCGACAGGGUCGGACGCAACGUGAAGCUAUCCAUUCGGGAGAACUUAGACAACGGCUCAGCCGACUACGUGCACUCCAAGGAGGCUGUGCUACCAGGACAGCAUACCAUCUUCAACCUCGACCGGCAGAAGUCCAAGCUGUAUGUAGGAGGAGCCCCGUCAGAUGCCAAGCUGCAGUCAGUCAGCUUCCCCGCGUUCGAAGGACAGAUUGAAGAGCUCAUGAUUGGAGACACGCCUGUUGGACUCUGGAACUUCGCUAGUGCUGAGAACUUGAAGGGAGCUCGACAGAGAGACAAGUUGAUAUCGAACCCGACGGGUCCUCAAGAGUACCGGUUCAACGGCCGCGCCCACGUCACGAUGCCGGGUCGCCGAUACCUCACGCCGCAGAAGAAUCAAGUCCUUCUGUUCUUCAGGACGUAUGCACCUGAUGGACUCAUCUACCUCGUCGGAGAAGGAGCCUCCUUCUUCUCUAUCCAGAUGCAGAAUGGCAAAGUCUUCUUGCAGGUCUCACUCGGCAACACAGAUGACCUUCUCAUAAUAGGAACCGCAAACUCCUACAAUGAUGGCAAAUGGCACAGACUGGAUGCUGCUCGAAACCUCAACAAGUGCUCUCUGAAGGUAGACCGAGAGACUCUGAAGGGCGAAUCAACAGCCAGAGAAGAUUCCAUCAUGGCUCUAGAUACUAUGAACUUCGGUGGUAAUAAUAAGGGCAUAGUGGAAGUGACGAGGACUGGAUUCGAUGGAUGUAUAAGACAGAUCGUGAUGGAUGGCCAAAAUAUCGAUUUGACCGUCAAUAUGGAGUCUAUUGGAGUUGCUUAUGGUUGUCAGUUCGCAUCGCUAGUAUCACUAUCAGGCAAGGACAGCUACCUUCGCUACGUGGACGUGACGGCGCAGAGCCUGCAGCUCACGCUCAAGUUCAAGACGUCGGCGCCCGACGGCUUGCUGUUCGUGUACGUCAGCCGGACGCAGACCGCAGCUAUGCCUGACAGCAUCUCCCUGUCACUUAUCAACGGUACACUGGUGCUGAUGAGUCAGCGCGAGGAGCUGAACACGGGACUGAACACGUACAACGACUCGCAGUGGCACGUGGUCACCGUCACGCACAACAACAACGCCCUGCGGCUCGUCGUCGAUGACUUCGACUACUUCAGCACGGACACCGCACCUGCUCCGCUCCAUAUCCUCGACGGAGUACUCUUCGUUGGGGGGGUACAGCCAGGGUACGUGGUGGGAGGGAAGGUUGGCUCCAAGGCGCCCUUCACUGGAUGCAUCGCCGACGCCACCAUCAACGGACAGGUGCUCAACUUGCUGGAGCCCUACAGCAAUAGCAGCACCACCUUCGGAAGGUGCGGUGCCACCACCACCACUGGCGGUGUCAGUCCAGAUCAAGCGCAGUGGGCCGCGACGCCGCCCACUGACGUUCUGCCGACGCCGGGACUGCCGGGCGCCACGGAGCCGCCGCCGGGCCACGGCGAAGAGCCGUUACUGCACAACGUGGUGCUGCCAGGGCCGGAGCCGGACACUACAGCGGCCCCACAGAGCACCACCACCACGCCUCGUCCCACCACCACCACGCGACGCCCACCACCCAAGCCUGAGCCAGGCUGUCACCUCGCCUACGAUCCCUUCUACACAGCGGGAGACCCUGAUAUCGGAUACAGAUUCGGUACCCGCAACGACAGUCGCAUCGAGUACUCGAAGCUGCCGGGUCGUCACCUGCAGGGUAUGGACCUGAGCAUAUCACUGCGCACGUUCGACCGGCACGGCGGCCUCGUGUUCUACGCCGCCGCCGAACGGGACCCCACGCAGUUCCUCGCCUUCUACAUGAAGGACGCCAAGCUCCACUUCAAAUUCAACUGCGGUGGCGAGACCGCUAUCAUUUCAUCUUCCACUACGUACAAUGAUACGGAGUGGCAUAGCGUCACUCUCUCCCGCAGCGGCGGCCACGGGAAGCUCGCUGUCGACUCCGAACUGGUUGGAGAAACCAGUGUGGUCUGCAACUCACCUGCGGGUCUCGCAGCACCCUACUACUACGGUGGGCUCAGGGACUUGGAUGCUCAGAUCAGCAGUAACCUUGAGGGCUUCUACCAGCCGUUCAAGGGUUGCCUGAAGGGUCUCCUGAUGAAUGGGCAGCGCGUGACGGACGUAUCGUACCGCGUCAACUCCCUGCGCUGUACCGACACCGUCGAGGAGGGCGUCUACUUCGGCGCCUCCAACAACAUGCAGAGCAACUAUUUGAAGCUCUUAGAGAACUUCAAAGUAGGAGAUGAGGUGUCGAUCUCCAUGGAGAUCCGUCCCCGCAACAGCACGGGACUCUUGCUGAGCGUGCACGGCAAGCGCGACUACCUCGUGCUCGAGCUGCUCGAGAACGAAGUCGUCGCCAACGUCGAGAACGGCCACGGACCCUUCCGCGCCAGCUACUCGCUCGGGAACAAGUUCGCGCUCUGCGAUGGCAACUGGCACAAGAUACACGUGGUGAAGUCUCUGUACGUAGUAUCGGUGGGCGUCGACGGGCACUUCUCUAAGCCGGGUCUGGGCGCGUACGCUUCCACCGACACUCGGUCGUCUCUGUACAUCGGCGGGCACGAGAAGCCAUUACACCGGGUGCGCGGAGUUCGCUCUCGUCGCGGCUUCACCGGCUGCAUCAAGAACAUUGUCAUCGGAGAGUCGCCCGUCAAGAUACCUCUCACCGCCGCCGGCAGGAACACCCACAUCGGUGUCUGUCCUGUAGAUUAAACAUCCACUUAAUACGAGGAGCUCAUGAAGCUUUCAUUGUGUAAUCUUGAACCAAAUAAAUAUGUUUAUGUAUUAUGAAGUCGUAUAUCUAUAAUCAUAAAGGAAAUAGGCAAAUAAUCGGACUUUUGAAUGUUAUUUUAAAAUCAGUAAUAUCAUAAUAUAAAUGUUUAGGUGAAAGUGUAUGUCCACUUUUUUGUAACUAGUCUUUAUUGACCCCAAGUGCCUUUUAUACGUUGUAAAUCUGUCUUCCAUACACAUUAUAAAAUAUCAGAUCAGAAUAUAAAUCAUACAAACCAAUA